AUGGGACACUACUGUGAUAAGCUUAAGGUAUCUGAGCAGCAUGCUAAUACACUCGAAUGUACCACGAUGGUGAAGAGCGAGAGCGAAAACGAUAGGGCAGGACCGGACACAACUAAUGCUAAGCCAGCGAUAAUUAAUAAAACUGAUGUCACGGCCCACCACAAAAUCGUGCGAGAGACGAAAGUCCUAGUAAAAAAGGUGCAGCAGACAGUGUGCCGCAUCUCGGGAGAAAGUUCCGAAGACUUUCACACCGAACUGGCAGUUCUUAUGCCAAUGCAGACCUUGGAUGCGGUCUUUGAUUUGGAGGAGAAGAUAUUAGAAAAAAAUUAUGAAGAUGCAGUUAUAACAUAUCUUUUCACUUUAAAGGGCACUUCUGGGGAUAUUGGCGAAGUUAUGAAGCGAGUUUUUGGCGACGAAGUCCUCAGUUUGUUCAAUUGGGAUGGGAGGUGCGGGAAGAAAUCGCUUUCAGAAUUAAAAAUAGUUAGCGUGGCUCUAUUUGAAAUUUUCAAACUGCAUGGACGCAUCGACUUCGAAAAGGAAGUCCGAAAGAGCGUUGAGCAAAGCCACAACAGGCAAAAGCAAAAACGCUAUUUGCUGAACAAAAAAACUUAUAACAAAAUUAGUAUCAAGCAUCAUACCAAAGUAUCCGCUGUCGCUACUGCCAAAGAGUUGAAGGAAGCUGGCAUUGCAAAACUCCAACCUUAA